UUCAAGAGUGAUAGCGAGGUUCGCGAUGGUGAAGGGCUUCGAUGAUAGAACGUCUAAAAUAUACAUAGAUUUAUAUGAGAAGUUGUACUCUAAAGUAUGUACUCAAACGACUAACUUGAGUAAGCAUAGUUGAGUGGAGGUCCGUCUGAUACUAGUAGAAGGUCCGUCUGAUCUUACGAACCGAUUUCUAUAAGUAUUACUCAAUAGUCAUGCAAAAUCGUUUCAAAGAAUAUGCUUAUGGUUGAGAGUCGCAUGUAGGAGCCAAUGCAAAGAUGGAUGCCACAAAUGUACCUGGCUUCGAUGACCUGCCUGAAGUCCAAGAUAUGCCCCAAGGAUGCGCAUGGGGGAUAUUCGGUAAGGAAGAUCUCCUAGGUACUCUAAACCUCCUCACGCCGUCAGUCGUGAAAACCGCCUGUAGCGAAGCACGAGAUGGCAAGUCGAUCUCCUUGAAGUAAGUUGAGACCAUUCUGCCACCUCAUAUUAUUGAUAUAGACUCACGCGAACUCAGCUGGCCGCUCAAUGCCAUGACAAUUCAGCUACCAGGAAGAAUAGCCCCUGUUCACAAACAAAUAACCCUACGUGAAGCAGGAGUAUCAGAGGGGAUAGGGUGGGACGAUGAGAUCCAUUUCAACACGCAAUUUAGCAGCCAAUGGGACAGCUUGGUUCAUUGGCAACACCAACCAUCUGGGCUGGCCUAUAAUGGCAUUUCUGUCAACAAAGAAGCACUCUCUGUGACCAACACAAUAAAGAAUACGAUGCCUACCUUAGAUCAUUGGCAUGCCAGGGGAGCACUAGUUGCAAGAGGUGUGCUCAUCGACUUCAAAGAAUGGGAUGAACAGCGCGCAAAAUCCGAGGGAAAAACAGGAGAAGAGGCAGUCUUCCAUCCCCUUGAUGGCCAUCGCAUCACUGUUCAAGAGAUUGAGACCGUCGCCAAAGAUCAAAGGGUGGAGUUUCACCAAGGCGACGUCUUAAUCAUUCGCACGGGGUUAACUGAAAUCCUACAGGCUCCGCGACCGGAGGACUUGGAAAAGUUGCAAAGUGCGAAGAUUGCAGGAAUGCACGGUACUCUCGAGUCAGCUAAGUGGCUUUGGAAUAAACAUUUCGCCGCUGUGGCUGGCGACAGUUGGGGAUUCGAAGCGCUGAUGCCGCUGAAGGAGGAUGGGACUCAAGGUGGCCCGAAUGAUUUGUAUCUUCACCCCUGGUUGCUUUCGAUGUUCGGCAUGCCGAUUGGCGAGUUGUGGGAUCUUAAGGCGCUCUCGGAACAUUGCAAAGCCUCGGGUCGAUACAGUUUCAUGCUCACUUCGGCACCCUUGAAUAUACCUGGGUUGAUUGGAUCUCCGCCGAAUGCAUUGGCCAUCUUCUAGGUCGAGAAUAGUACGCUAUACGCCGCCGAAAACCAUAUUAGUAUCCCGUCAGAGGGCUGGCGAGAGAAUGGAUAAUAUGGAGGUGAGGAUUUAUGGAUGAUGAAAUUGGAAAGUUUGAGAAUGAGCAAUUGAAAAUACCUAGUAUCCAC